AAAAUAUUUUCAAAAUUUUAUUAUACGUAGUAUAUAAUUAAUAUACAAUAUAUUUUUAUUUAAUUAUAGAUUAAAGUUUAAAAACGGGUGACUGAAAAAAAAUUAAAACUAGAUAAUACAGUACAUAUUAGGAUUAUUGAAAAAAACCCUUUGAAUUUGGCACUGAAUUUGUUUUUGAAAGAGAAGAUAAUUCAUUCCCCCGGUUGAAUUUGCUCGCAAUAGUCAAUACUGCUUCUUCUUCUUCUCCGGAACCAAUAGGAAUUUUAAGUUCAGGUCACAUGCUCCGGCGCUUUUCCUCUCCAUGGCCGCCGGCAUUCAUCCUCCCGCGACGAUAUUCUCCGCCUCCACUGCAUUUCUUCCAGCCACCACUCUAAACUCUCAUUUCCUCUUUCAACACCACCAACUCCACCCGAUUUCACCUCUUUCUGUAGUAAAACCCAAACAAAAACUCAAUCGCAUCUCCAUCCAGCAACCCCCAUCCCGUUCCGACCCACCGAGUAAUUCUUCAGUCUCCGGACACUCUGACCCGCAAGCCAUCGAUUGGGCCGAUUUGCUAAAGCUUGCCGUCCGCCGCGGUGACGUUGAGGUAACUAGAGUCGUACAUGGCGCGGUUCUUAAGCUGGAAGAGGAUACACGUUUGUCCAAUGCUCUGAUUUCAGCUUAUCUGAAAUUGGGUUUUGUAAACCAUGCACACAACGUGUUUGAUUCUAUUCCUGACCCGGACGUUAAGUCCUACACUGCAAUUAUAUCAGGUUUUGCAAAAUCCAAUCGUGAAACUGAAGCAAUGGAGCUUUUCUCUGAGAUGAGAAGCUUGGGUAUUGAACCCAAUGAUAUCAGCUUAGUUGCACUGUUGACUGCUUGCAUUCGUUCCCAGAAUUUGGAGUUGGGUCGCCAAGUUCACGGCUUAGCGAUCAAAUUGUGCUAUCUGGAUUGCAUUCAUCUUGUCAAUGGGCUUAUGGGACUGUAUGGUAAAUGCGGCCGUUUAGAUUUUGUCAUUAAAUUGUUUCAUUCUUUGUCCAAACGUGACAUUGCUUCUUGGAACACUGUCAUUUCAUGUUUGGUGAAGGAGUCGAUGUAUGACACUGCCUUUGAUGUAUUCAUUGAUAUGCAAGAAACCGAUUCUUUGAGAGCUGACUAUAUCACACUCUCCACUCUUCUGACUGCAUGCUUUGAGUGUCUCGCGAUAAGGAAAGGUCAAGCACUCCAUGCCCACGCUCUUAGAAUCGGAUACGAAGGCAGUGUGAGUGUGAACAAUGCACUCAUCAAAUUUUACACAAAGUGUGGUAACAUAAGCAGUGUGAUGGCUUUGUUCGAGAAGAUGUGUGUAGAAGAUGAGUUUACUUGGAAUGAAAUGAUCACCGCGUAUAUGGAAGCCGGCCUUGUCGAUUCCGCUGAGAAACUCUUCAACCAACUGCCCAAGAAAAAUGCGGUUUUAUACAAUGCCCUCUUAGCUGGAUUUUGUCGAAACGGUGAAGGCUUGAAAGCGAUGACCUUGUUUCAUAAAAUGAGACAUGAAACAUUGGAGGUAUCUGGUUUCACCUUAGUCAGUGUUGCAAACGCGUGUGGGUUGAUGAUGGAUAGGAAGUCAAGUGAGCAGAUACACGGAUUUAUUCUCAAAUCUGGCCUUUUAAGGUCAAAUGAUCAUGUCCAGUCAGCAUUGCUCGACAUGUGUGUCCGUUGUGGGAGAAUGGAAGAUGCUGAAAAGAUGUUCCAUAGACUUCCACCGGAGCAUGAUAGAUUGAUCUCUUUUACAUCAAUGGUGUGCGCAUAUGCUCACAGCGGACGUCCAGAAGAAGCAGUUUCUCUAUUUUGUGAAAUGAUAUCCGAAGGAUUAUCUCCACUGAUUGAUGAUGUUUCAUCGGCUACUAUUCUUGGUGUUUGUGGAACUCUUGGGCUACACAACUUAGGGAGAAACCUGCAUUGUCAUUCCUUGAAACUUGGGUUUCUGUCUGAUGUAACUGUUGGGAAUGCCGUAAUCAGCAUGUAUGCUAAAUGUGGUGAAUUGGGAGGUGCAGUCAAGACUUUCGAGCUUAUGACAGCCCAUGAUUUAGUUUCGUGGAAUAAUCUGUUAGCUGGUUAUGUCCUUCAUAGACAGGGAAAUGAAGCCUUGGAUACUUGGGCCAGAAUGAAAAUGCAAGGAGUAACUCCAGAUUCAUUUACAUGUCUCCUCAUUCUGUCUUCUUAUAGACACACUACAAGAAAUUCAGUCAAUCUCUGUCGAAACUUCUUUUCUUCGAUCAGGCCCAUCUAUGGUAUUGUUCCAGGCCCAGUGCACUAUGCGUGUUUGGUGAGUGUGCUUGGGUUUUGGGGUCUGCUUCAAGAUGCAGAGGAAAUCAUCAAAAGAAUGCCUUUUGAGCCAAACGCUUCCGUUUGGCGUGCAUUGUUUGACAGUUGCAGAAUACAUUCGGAUUCAACCAUCGGGAGAAGGGCAAUGAAGGAAAUUCUUUCUCUGGAGCCACACGACCCGGCCACCUUCAUACUAAAUUCGAACCUUUAUUCAGCUUCUGGAAGAUGGAACUGCUCGGAGCUGGUGAGGGCGGAGAUAAAGGACAAGGGGUUCUGGAAGAUUCCAGGUCAGAGUUGGAUCAACCAUGACAACAAGCUUCACUCCUUUUUAGCCAGAGACAGAUUGCACCCACAGUCAAAAGACAUAAACAGUGGACUGAGGAUAUUGUUGUUGGAGUGUAUGAAAGUGGGAUAUGUUCCAGACACAAGAUGUGUUCUCCAUGAUGUGGAAGAGUAUCAGAAGAAAGAAUUCUUGUUCUAUCACAGCUCAAAACUGGCUGUCACUUGUGGACUUCUGAUGACGAAACCCGGAAAACCUGUGUUUGUAGUGAAGAACAUCCUUCUGUGUAGGGACUGUCACACGUUCUUUAAGUUUGUUUCGGUCGUCACAAAGAGAGAGAUUCGUGUCAGAGACAGGUCGGGUUUUCACUGUUUCCUAAACGGUAAAUGCACUUGCAAUGACCGUUGGUAACCUUCUUCCUGAUUUAGAUUUAGAGUUUCCUCUUCCAUUUGUUCAUGAGUUGCUAAUUCAAUUUACUUUUCAAAUCCAACAGUGAUUCUCCAGCCGCCCUCUCACCACAUUUCAUUGAAAUGCUCCAGGGGGAGGAGUGGAAAGAUGUAGGGGAUUGUGUUUGUGGGAUGUGUUAAUCCGUUUUAGUUUUAGACUCAAUGUAGAGGGUAUUUGGGGUUGCGUUAAAAAACUGUUUAUGAGCUU